CUUCUCUUCAUCUCUCUCGCUCAAGACUCACAAGAACGGCCCGCAUUUUAAGGAUAUCAUUUCUCUCCUCUUUACCUGCCUUAAUCGUCUUUCCACUCUUUCCCCCUCCAUUUUCUUUUUCUUUCCCUCACUUUCUCUCCUUCCAAACAUGGUCUCUACAUCCUUCAAAUUACCAACUCCCUUCCCCUUCCCCUUUCCAAAGCUCUCAAUACACAAUAAUCCUAACCCUAAAGGUCAUACAAAUAUAGUUAAAUUCUCUAUGUUAAACCUCAAUUCGUCAAUUUUUAAGUUUGUUCGUAAAAGGAUUAACAUUUCACUUUCUUCUGCUGCGGUUAUCCAUGCACCGGUGGUAACCGCCACCAGAGCUGAGGUCGCUGGCGAUAGGAUUAAACGUCUCGUUUCUGAAUUUGAGUCUCUUAAGGAGCCCAUCGACCGCGUCAAGCGGCUUUUGGAUUACGCAGCCCGGCUCCCACCGUUUGAUGAGUCGGCUCGCUUGCCGGAAAAUCGAGUCAUGGGGUGCACGACUCAGGUGUGGCUGGAAGUGAGAAUGGACGUAAAUGGGAGAAUGAGAUUUAAAGCCGAUAGCGACUCUGAGAUUACUAAAGGUUUUAUUUCGUGUUUGAUUUGGUUGCUCGACGGCGCGGAGCCAGGUGAGGUGGUGGCGGUGAAGUCGGAGGAUUUGGCAGCGAUGAAUGUGGGCUUGUAUGGUAAGGCCCAAUCGAGAGUGAAUACGUGGCAUAAUGUGUUGAUCAGUAUGCAGAAUAGGACCAAAGCUUUGGCUGCGGAGCGAAAGGAGUUGCCUCUGGAGCCGCUUCCGUCCCUAGUUGUUACCGCCGACGCAAUGGGUGGUACUGGAACUUUUUCCGAACCCCAGGUAGGAGGAGCAUUGUGCUAUUCGCAUCGCCUCUCCGGACAUGAGGUCCUAGAAAACAUAAAGGACAUAUACUUUGUUGCCUCCCUAGUGGCUAAUUUUGAAGUUUCUGGAGGGAUGUUUUCCUCGGUUAGCUAUAUUCAUUUCAGCAUGUCAGAUGAAUUCUGUAAGCUCACAUCUGGAAGCCUGUCACCAACUUCUUGAUGAAGAAAAUAUUUUUUCAUAGCUUGAAUAUAGGAAAGUCAAGACCCAUACACCAACUUGGGAGUUGGAAGACCAGCAAAAAGUGUUGGGUGGGUAUAAGCAAUUCUCUACACAAGACACUUACAGUUAUAACUUGCGUGCAAGAACCUCUUUUGGAUAUCAAAGGGAAUGGAUUUCUUGGCGAACCAAGUCAAGUCGAGUAUUGAGUUGGGAAUUGUCAAUGGAUGUUUAUUGAUUUGCCUGAGACCUGGACUUCUAAUGCAACUGUUGCUUCUAUAGCAAAAUUAGAUUAAAGCCUGAGUAUUUGUACUCUUUUGGCAGACUAAACUGCACACUUGCUAGUUAUUUCCAUCUGUUUUCCUCACAAUUGUUAUAGCAGCCUUUCUAUUUUGUAGUACAAGGUAAAUGAUCUUAUAUAUAAUGUUAUAAUCUACCAUAUUUAUGGAUCAAAAUUCCCUCUUUUACAUUCUUGUGAAGCUUAUAUGUGAGAGUACAAGUACCUGCAGCCACCAAUAUUAUAGCCUUUAAUGGAGCUUAUUGAACACUGUCCUGCAAACUUCAUAUGUGAAGGUAAAGAACUGUGGCUUGUACACAAGGAUCUGUGGAUGUGCCAAAGCCUGGAUGGGUGAGUGAAAGAAGAAUGGAACAUACAAGAGUUGACCAGAAAUCUUAACAGUUCCCAUUGGCAACAACUGAAUUGAAUUUGAAGUUGAUUGGUGAAUUGGGAAAUAAACUCAUUCACUUGAGAGCUUACCAAACAUGUAUUGUGGACGAAACCCUUCAAGGGGAAAAAAUAUGGUAAGGCCUAACGUGUAUGCAGCAUACAAUACAUUAGACCUGGCCGGUUGUUCAAAUUGAAGGAAGGGAAUGAAGUGAACUGAAUGGGCUCUAGGUUUUUUUUUUUGAGGGAUUUGAUCCAUAUAGUCUAAGAAUUUCUUUUCCUGUUUGACUUCAAUCAAAAUUAAAACUUUCUUUUUUGUAAAUGAAAACUAAAACUGAAAUUUAAUUUUGCUGUUAAAGCAUUCAACAGAUAGUUUGACUUAUAAGAAGGGCAAAUUAAUUCAAA